CCGGCCGCUCCUUCCUUCUGUGUCUCUGUGGUACGUGCGUCACGGUCUCUCCGCUGCCGGAAGUAGUUCCCUGGGUAGGAUUAGUUCGCCGAACGGUGAGGCGAGGAACCAUCAUGUCAUCAGAAUCAAGCAAAAAACGGAAGCCCAAAGUUAUCCGCAGUGAUGGAGCUCCAGCUGAAGGCAAGCGGAAUCGAUCUGACACUGAGCAGGAAGGUAAAUACUACAGCGAGGAGGCUGAGGUGGACCUGCGAGACCCUGGCAGAGACUAUGAACUGUACAAAUACACAUGCCAGGAGCUACAGAGGCUAAUGGCCGAGAUCCAGGACCUGAAGAGCAGAGGUGGCAAGGAUGUGGCAAUUGAAAUUGAAGAACGGAGGAUCCAGAGCUGUGUGCAUUUCAUGACUCUAAAGAAACUUAACCGAUUAGCCCACAUCAGGUUGAAGAAAGGAAGAGAUCAGACCCAUGAGGCCAAGCAAAAAGUAGAUGCCUAUCAUCUGCAGCUACAGAACUUGCUGUAUGAGGUGAUGCACCUGCAGAAGGAGAUCACCAAAUGUCUGGAGUUUAAGUCAAAGCAUGAAGAAAUUGACCUGGUCAGUUUAGAGGAGUUUUACAAGGAGGCUCCACCAGACAUCAGCAAGGCUGAAGUCACAAUGGGAGACCCUCAUCAGCAGACCCUGGCACGUCUGGACUGGGAGCUGGAGCAGCGGAAAAGACUGGCAGAGAAGUACCGAGAGUGCCUAUCCAACAAGGAGAAGAUCCUCAAAGAGAUUGAGGUGAAGAAGGAGUACCUGAGUAGCCUUCAGCCUCGGCUCAAUAGCAUCAUGCAGGCUUCCCUCCCAGUGCAGGAGUACCUGUUCAUGCCAUUUGACCAGGCUCACAAGCAGUAUGAGACUGCCAGACAUCUGCCACCUCCCCUCUACGUGCUCUUUGUGCAGGCCACCGCCUAUGGGCAGGCCUGUGCUCAUAUGAAAUCUUCCUCCCAGCCCCCUAGACAGGAUAAAACCUUGUCUGUGGCCAUCGAAGGUAGUGUGGAUGAAGCCAAGGCUCUGUUCAAGCCUCCCGAUGACUCCCAAGAUGAUGAGAGCGACUCAGAUGCUGAGGAGGAGCAGACCACGAAGCGGCGGCGACCCACCCUGGGAGUUCAGUUGGAUGACAAGCGCAAGGAGAUGCUGAAGAGACACCCUCUGUCAGUCAUGGUUGACCUGAAAUGCAAAGAUGAAAGUGUGCUGCACCUGACUUUCUACUACCUCAUGAACCUCAACAUCCUGACUGUGAAAGCCAAAGUGACAACUGCCACGGAGCUGAUCACCCCCAUCAGUGCAGGGGACUUGCUGUCUCCUGACUCAGUGUUGAGUUGUUUGUAUCCUGGUGAUCAUGGAAAGAAAACUCCAAAUCCAGCCAAUCAGUAUCAGUUUGAUAAAGUUGGCAUUUUGACUUUGAGAGACUAUGUACUUGACCUAGGUCAUCCCUAUUUGUGGGUACAGAAGCUGGGAGGCCUCCACUUCCCCAAAGAGCAACCCCAGCACACGGUGAUUGCCGACCACUCCCUGAGCGCCAGCCACAUGGAAACAACCAUGAAGCUACUGAAGACCAGGGUGCAGUCCCGACUGGCUCUCCACAAACAGUUUGCGUCCCUGGAACACGGCAUUGUGCCAGUUACCAGUGAUUGCCAGUACCUCUUCCCUGCCAAGGUUGUCUCUCGCCUGGUGAAGUGGGUGACAGUUGCCCAUGAAGAUUAUAUGGAAUUGCAUUUCACCAAGGACAUUGUGGAGGCGGGACUGGCUGGGGACACCAAUCUCUACUACAUGGCGCUCAUUGAAAGGGGCACAGCCAAACUCCAGGCUGCUGUAGUAUUGAACCCUGGCUACUCCUCCAUCCCACCCAUUUUCCAGCUCUGUCUGAACUGGAAAGGAGAGAAAACCAACAGCAACGAUGACAACAUUCGGGCCAUGGAGAGCGAGGUCAAUGUGUGCUACAAAGAGCUCUGCGGCCCUCGGCCCGGUCACCAGCUCUUGACCAACCAGCUGCAGCGGCUGUGCGUGCUCCUGGACGUCUACCUGGAGACCGAGAGCCACGACGACAGUGUGGAGGGACCCAAGGAGUUUCCCCAGGAGAAGAUGUGUCUGCGGCUUUUCAGGGGUCCAAGUAGGAUGAAGCCAUUUAAAUAUAACCAUCCUCAGGGAUUCUUCAGCCAUCGCUGACCUCCCACUCGUCCAGUUGCUUCCCCCAAGAUCCUGCCUCAAAUGUCACCUCAAGUACUGGGCUUCUGCUUUCUUCUUUGUUCACAUAUGGCUCUUUAUAGUCUCCACAGACAGUAUCCAAUAAAAGUGUCACCUGACCAAA